AUGUUGGACGGCAAUCUUUACACUCUCAGCUUUGUUCGUUCCCCAAGCGAGCCUGAUAAGCUAUUCCUCAUCCAAGAAUCCACCGGCGAGCCCGUUUAUUUUUGUCUCCGGGUGCCUGAAGCUGGCGAGACUAGGAGUGAAUUAUACCAUGCCUCAACCCUGGCAUCAUUAGGCGUCUUCCAACACAUCUCCUCCAAGCUCAAGUUGAUUUCUCUGGCCAAUCCAUCGACGACCAUCGAGCUGAAGAACACGGGAUAUAUCAACUUCGAAUGGACGUUCCAGUUUGACAAGAUCCUGAAGUUUUGCUGGAAGAAGGAUAUCAUCGGGAUGCCUGGUAGCAAGAGGGGCUAUACAUGUUGGAUGUGUCAAAAACCAGACCCAGAUUUUCCCUGUGCAAUCUAUCGACCAGGCACUUCCAGCGUCCCGCCAUCUUGCCAAUUUUUGGACUUCAACAUCCGUCGGAUCGAGCGCCUCCAAGAUCCACGGGGCCUUGAGUUUGCGAUCAUACUCGCACUGCUCGGGUUCACUGAAGGGGCCGCCGAUCACGAGCCGCGCCGAAGUCCACCCGCCUCUCCGGCCCAUUCGCGGCGAUUAAUAUCGCCGGGGCCGGAGGCUAGCUCGCUCCUCAUGACCGGGAACAGCGUGAUAUCUGACUUGGCAGCACAAGGCCACAAGCUGCUUGAGGACCCACUCUUCCUCUACCUUUCGCUCCAUGCCCUCACACCCGAAGCAUUUGAACGGGCCGCCGUCGUUGCUGACCAGAUAAAACGCGACCAUCUCGAGAGGUGUGGAGAAGACCUCUACCAAUACCGUGUGGAAGACAUGAUGAGUCAAGACAUGGCUGGUGGUCGGCCCGUGUCUUUCUCUGCGUCGGCUUCACAAGCCCCAUCGACCUCCCUCAAGAUCUAUUUGGCCCGGACUUCCUUGGACGGACUGCUCCCGAAAUCAGUCACCACAUCCUCAUCCAACACCAAUAGGAAGUUCGGUACCUUUCCUUUCUCUAGGCCUCAAGUCGAACCCAGACCAAGCUCUUUUCAUGGCCCUUUCUCAUACUCCUCUAUGCCACACAACUCGCUACAGUCUCGAUUAAUCUCCGGCGUUCAUCGACGUAAUUGA